CUAGAUCUUCUUCUUCUUUCUCAAAAUCUUUCAAUGGCGUCCGCAGAUGUUGAGUUACAGUGCUUCGUUGAAGGUCUAGCCUGGGCCACCGAUGACACAGCUCUUGAGACAGCCUUCUCUCAAUACGGCGACGUUGUUGAUUCCAAGGUCUGUUACACGCCGAGAUCAAGGCAAUUUACUAAUGUGUCUCUGAAUUUGGGUAAUUGUACCGGAAAUUGAUAAGUUUGGUACGGAGAUCCGGUUUAGUGUGGUUUGAUGGAUCAAGCUUUGAAAUUAGGGCAAAAAGAAAACCAAAAUUUCUCACUUGUUCUUGUUAGAGAGAGAGAGAGAGAGAUCGCCGGAGAUGGGUUACGGAUGGGCGAUCUUCGAGGGGAUAGUGGUGAUGUGAUCUCUGUGUCUGUUUCUCAAUCGGAGGCUUUACAAGGAGUACGAAGAGAAGCGAGCCUUGGUUCAAAUCAUUUUCAGCAUCAACCUCUUACAGCUCGUUCUCUUCGAUAUCAUCCCUGUUUUAUCUCGAGAGGCAAGGAUGGUAAACUGGAAGGUGGAUCUCUUUUUCUACCUUUGCAGGGCAAGGAUACGGUGGUGGAAGACGUGAGGGUGGAGGAGGAUACGGUGGUGGUGAAGGAGGAAGUUACGGAGGAAGCGGUGGAGGAGGAUGGUAAUUCCUUUAUUUAGAUCGGGGAUUAUUCUGAAAACUCUCUUUAUCACUCUCUCUCUCUCUCUCUCUCUCGUUAUGCUUCUGUUUUGUU